AUGUCGUUACUAAUCACUACCGGAACUGGUCCUGUCCUGGUGUCUGAGACAGAGACCGAGUAUCUCUGGACCCCACAGGAAUCCACAAACACCGCUCCACCGCCAAGCCAUCUUCUAAACACCCAGAUCGUCGUUCUGGACUCCGUCAAGUCUGGCACCCGUGUUCCGUCGAAAGACCUAUACAAACAGCUGCUCCAGCCCCUGUUUUCCUCCUGGGACCUGUCGCACCGGUACAUCGCCACCACUUCUGCUAAGUCUGUUGAACAGUACGGCCACUCGCUCGGAUCUGAGAAGACUCUGCUCAUUGUUCUGUCUGGAGACACCACCAUCUCGGAGCUCAUCAACUCCGUGGCUGAUUCGGUCGAUGUGACCAUUCUCAACGUCCCGCUCGGUACAGGCAACGCGUUUGCACACUCAAUUGGUCUGUCGAACGUCGUUUCUGCUGUUUCCGCGCUUACGUCGGGCAAAAUACAUCCUCUGCGCACGUACCAGGCGGUGUUUGAGCCCGGCUCGCAAGUUGUCCUGCCGGACGGGCCUUCCUUCGCAGCCACCACCCUUAACUUCUUUGUCGUGGGCUCCUGGGGACUCCACGCGUGUCUGGUUGCCGACUCCGACUCGCCGGAGCUGCGCAAACUGGGAAACGAGCGGUUCAAAAUAGCUGCGCAGCAGGUUUUGGAGAAAAAUCCCGUUUUCCACGGCACUUUCGUUGUCGACGGCAAGCAGAUCGAAGCACACGCAAGCCUCGGCUACUUUGUCGUGGCUGCCGUGCCCCUGUUCGAGAAAACGUUUGAAAUCUCGCCACAAUCGGACCCAGCAGAACACUCGCUACAUUUGGUCUACUUCCACCAUACAACACCAGAGUCUGUCGUGGAGAUUAUGACCAAGGCGUACCAGCAAGGAGAGCACGUGAAAGACCCGCGAGUCGGCUACUUGAAGGGCAGCGAGAUCGAGCUGGAAGUCCACGAGUCCGACCCGGCUCUGCGUCGCAUCUGCGUCGACGGUACCAUUGUCCAGAUCGCCGGCUCCAAAGUGGUGUUCCGGCCUCGAAUCUUUGACGGUCUACACUACCUGUCAGUUAAUUAG